CAAUUAAAUAUCAAACGACAUAAAACAAGGAUAUUAGAAAAAUGAAAUGUAAGUUGAAUUACAUGAACGUGGCCAGAUUGAUAUGGACUGGACUAGAAAUAGGAUUGUUUUGUGGUAUUUCAUUUGGAUGGUCUUCUUGGAUCCAUGUUUUUAAAGACGAUGGGAUAUUCGCCGACAUCUGCUUAACGAAGUACAUGAAAACAAGAAGCAAUGCUACAUAUGAUGGAGCCCCGUUAACAGACGCACGCACUGAUGUAACUACACUGUUUGAUGAUGACGUGUCAUCUAGAGUCAAUGCAAGCGAUUUGGAAAAUAACGCAGCCAUUGAAUGCAGAGAAAGGAACGACAUGUUUAGUUUGGUAUUUACGACAAUGAAUGUGCUCACCGGUAUUCUCUCCAUUAUUAAUGGCUACAUAUACGAUAGGUUUGGUACGCUGGUGUGUCGUCUCUUGUCUCUGUCGAUGUAUGGCUGUGCUCUGCUAACAAUUGCCUUCUCUAACCAAGAUGUUUGGACCAAUUAUUUACUAUUCCCGGCUUUCUUCUUUCUCCAAUACGGUGGACUCUUUUUGUUUGUCACGAGUUUGCAGACUUCAGGCUUGUUCCCAGGAAGUAGAUCAACCAUACUAGCUGCAUACAAUGGUCUGUAUGAUGCAAGCGCUUCUAUUGCCAUAGUAUUUAAGCUUCAGUACGAGAAUGGGAUUCCCUUGUCUUCUUCCUUGUAUGUGUUCCUGUCUGUCUUCUUGCCAAUCACACUCCUGGGGACGUUCAUAUUUCAACCUCGGAAGCAUAUCCAUUUGGACAACAACGGGAGACAUCCAAUGGCAUUUACCAUCUUACAACGAAUGAGAGUAGCCAGAUAUAUAGCCACAAAUGUUGCGCGGGAUGAGGAAGUCCAAAAAUCCUAUUCGACAGAUGGAACAAAGGAUUGUGCGCCUAGUGAGAGUAGGGCUGAACUCCAAGGAUACACGAAUAAAGCAUUUGAAGCACCAAAUGAAGCAAAUCUGAGUGGUCGUGAUAUCCGUCCAACUGAAUCAAAAACCGAUGAUAUAAAAACGAUAAGUGAGUGUCGACCAAAAGAUUUGGUGAUCGAAGAUUCAACAGCCAAUAGUAAAGAAGCGACCACGGACUGUAGCAGUUUGCCAAUCAAAGCUACAUCCAAAAAUAAUACAUCUGAUAUUGAAACAGAUAGGCUUUCUAAAAUACUGUUUUCACCAUUAUUUCUAUGGAAUAUAUGGACAUUUUCUGUAUUGAAUUUGAGGAGUCAAUACUUCUUCGUCUCGUUCAACUCGUGGAUUACAGAUCUGAGUGCUGGCGAUAGAAACCAAGUCACCUUGCACACGUCCGUGUUCACUGGAACGUUGGCCUUCGGCUUCCUUGUCAGCCCCCUGGCGGGUUUAUUCAUCGAUGCAUGGAGGAAAAGAGAAGAUGGGGGCAGUCCACAUACAAAAUACCUGCGACCCUACAUUUACAUAUUCACAACGGAGGCUGCCAUGAACGUUGUCCUCAGCAUAUGUACGAUGAUACCAAGUCUGAAUGCUCAGUACUUUACAUAUAUUGCGUUUGUGACAUCCCGGGGAUUCCUUUAUGCCGUCAAUGCUGCGUUCAUCUCAGAAGCAUUUCCACAGAAGCAUUUCGGCAAGUUGUUAAGUGCUUCAUUUGCAUCAAGCACCGCUGCUAGCGCAUUGCAACACCCGAUAUUUAUUGGUGCUGAAUCGCUCGCCAAUGGCUUCCUUAUGAUGAAUGGAGUCCUCUUGGCGUUGAAUUUGACGUUGUUUGGUUUCCCAAUCUACAUUAACAGGCAGCUGAAGACUCAAAAGGAUCCACCUAAUAAUGAGCCCAGUCGUAAUUAGGAAGAAAAUCACGGACUACUAUAUUCUGGAUCUUUAGAGCGGUGUCUAUGUUGCAAAGGCUGGGAACUAAAACUGUUAAUUUAUUGCUUCGUGAAGAUGCUAGAUGCAUUCUUGGCCCAAGAGUAAUUCAUUGCAUUACAUGAUCUGCUAUGAAAGCAGUGAAGGACCGAUCUUGAAGGACGGUUAGAUGAACACUAAUUAUAAUUUUCAAACUAGAGAGC